CUCACCAUGGCCCCUCUGCCCCUGACCAGCCCUGUUGGAGGGGGCUACUUAGAAACCAGAGAAAUGGGGUUCCAUGCAUGUGACCAUCGCCUGGAAGGUCUACAGCCACCAGCAGAAAGUAAAGCAGCAGAUGUCGCCUGAGACACAUGAACUGGACUGUGGGCUACAGCAGGGCCAGAAGCCACACCCCCUCAGACCUUUUGCUCUUGGACCCCUGCAGCCUCAUGACCUGCCCCACCCCUCCUUGCUCCUCGCCAGAACAGGUUCCACACACCUCUCAGUCCCUGUGUCUGGACCUCCUGCUGGUCCUCCCCUGGGCUCCUUCCUCCCUCCUCAGAUAGUGCAUCAAGACAGGAGAAUCUCAGAUUUGAGCCGAACGACAGAAUCCUGGAGCCGACUUCAGCAUCCCCCAUCACCUUUUCCCACCGCCCCCCAGGGGCUGGGCAUUAAGGCUCAGCAACACAUGCGUAGCUCAGUCCAGAGACACCUGAUGAGCUCAAGCCCGAUGCCGCUCAUGAGCUCAGCCAAGAGACCCCUAACAAGUUCAGCUCAGAUGCACCUAACGCAGAGGUCGGGAACCUUUUUAGCUGGGAGAGCCAUAAAUACCAAACAUUUUUAUUUUCGUUAAGAGCCUCAAUAUUGCGCCAUAAUUGUUAGAUUAAAUUCUGUACAGUUUCUCUUGAUGGCUUUGAUGCGCUUAAUGAAACUGGGAUCCACAUGAUCUUGAGCUUCACCCUCCUAGCACAGCAGAAGUCAUCUCUUCCAAAUGUGUUCAUUGGUUUAACACAGUUUGUAUUUCUUUUUUAAAACAUUUAACAGUUCUCAUACAGACUCCAAACUCCAUUGGAUUACCUGUUUUGAACAAAUUGAAAAAAAUAUUCACAGCUAAUAGAUAUUGUUUGCAAAUUGCUUGAAAUGUCAAUGUGUGAAUCUCCUUUGCAGAAUUCUUCAAUCAGCAAUCAUUCACUAUCCAUAAGAGAUAGUGAUCUGUUCUGUUGCUAUUUGAAAACAUGGAUCAAAGGCACAUUUGGAGAAAGUACUGUUUCACCUAUUUAGUCCAGGUUUUUGUCAAUGAAAUGUAUUAUUUACUAUUUUAAUGAAAAAUGACAAGUUGUAGUUCCAUGAAAUUUGUCUUGUCUAGGUGCUUACUGUAGGUGACUGUCAAGUCAAUGACAGCUGCAUCUUGGGAGGAAUGAAUACAAUUCAUUUUGUCUUUUUUCAGUUUUUCUGAUUUCAGAAAAAUGAGAAUGCAAUGACAGACAGCAAAAAAUAAAAAAAAUGUGUUUUGCA